AUGGCGGCUGCAGAAGCACGAGCCGCCUGGCAGCGUAUGGCCAAUCGCUGCAUUGUCCAAGAGGAUGCUAAAAGGGCGCCGAAGUUAGCCUGCUGCCCAUCAUCCUCAUCAAAACUACAGCCUGAUCAAACCAGUGGAACUGACGCAAAUAGGGCCGAUCAGCCUGCCUCAAGUUUUGCUUCCCCCUGCUGGAACCCCAUGGAUGCCAGUCUACCUCCCGACUCAAAAUGGUGGCUUCAGAUGCAACCCAACUUUGGGUGUCGGACUGAACAGCUCAGUGUUUCAAAUGAGAUCGAUGCCAGGGAAGAGGAAGCCAUCGACAAAACUUCAGAAGCUUUCGGCGGUCAGACAUGCGUUUCAACCGCUUCUGUCCAUACUCAGAAGAAAUGUAGCUCUCAUGAGGUGUCCAGGCUGAUUUCGGCAAGCUAUAUGAAGCAUGAGACUGGAUCAAUAGUUGAAGGGACUGGGCCAGUGGAGGGUGAUUUGCUACCGCAAAGCAAAAAGGAGUCGGGUUUAGGGUUAUACUCGUGUCAGAAUGAGGACUUGAUGAACUGGAAGGCUGUUGACCAGUUAAUUUCCAAGAAUUCGGAGAAGCCUUGCUUCGACAUGGAAUCACCCUUGGCCAAGAAGGAAAAGAUCGAGCCAUGGUGGCGCAUUGCUGAUAAAGAUGAAUUGGCUUCUUUUGUUGCCAAAAAAUCUGUGGAGCUCUUCGAGAAUUGCGAUCUUCCCCGGCCUCAGAGAGUUCACUUCUGCAGUGACCAAUUUGAUUGUGUUGAUUGUCACAUGCUCUUGGCUUCAUCUCUCGACAGAUUUCACUUUGGCUCAUAUUCUGCAUUGGAUUAUGCGAGUAACAGUCUGACCUCUGGUCAUUCUAAUGGGAAACACCACCUUUCCUCUGUGGGGCGUUUGGCCCCUGGCUCUGAUCUGACAUCCAGGUACAAUGCAUCUCUGAUAUCCCCGAUUCUAUCCAAUGUUUCUCAUGAAUAUCUAAUGAUUGCUUCGGUCAACUUGAUCAUACUACACCUGCAUAGCCUGAACAUUAGGUUUUGUGGUUGAAUUCAGUGAUUUCCACUGGGUUUUGAGUUAGAGGGCUCACCGUUUCCUUUUUCAGGGGAACAGUCAUGGAUUUGCCGAAGACCGAGCCUCACUUGGAGUCAGACCCAAUCAGGGUUGAAUUGCUGGAGGCCCUCUGCCGCUCCCAGACGCGGGCCCGGGAGGCUGAAAUCGCCGCCCAACGGGCCCACAUCGAGAAGGAGCACAUCAUCGAUCUCUUCUUCAAGCAGGCAUCAUCCCUGUUUGCCUACCGACAGUGGGUCCAGAUGCUGCAGCUGGAGAGCCUCUUCCUUCGGCUGAAAAUGAAGGACCCCUGGGCGUCACCCUCCCUACUUCCGGCCACCCCAUGGGCGGCGCCGCCAGAUGGCAGCGGCGGCGGCGGUGGGCACAGGGCAAAGAAGAGAAGAGGCCUGAGGCAAUGGACCUGCAACCUGUGCAGGUGCGCAGUUGCACUGGCUGUCAGCUUGGGGCUCGCCAGCACUGGUCUGCUCUUCGGGUGGACACUCGGCUGGCUCUUGCCCAUCUUCUAG